GUGCUUGUUUAUGAGUACGAAUAUGAUGAUUUCUCAAUCCAAAAAAACUCGUUCAUUACCAGUCAUCCGAUUGAUAAAAAAACACUGUUCUCUCUUGUUUCCGGUAUCAGUACUUCUAAUAAAUCGGCACUACUUGAUGUUUUCUAUGCAGGAUUUAACCGGAAAUGUGGCUCGCUUCCUGCUCUUGAGCGCAAAACAAAGUUCUAUCGUCCUAGUUCCGUACUUUUCAGUAACGAGCUUCGGACAGUUAACCUCGCCAUCGUGCGCUUGCAAAAUGUAGACUUUUGUUUUGAUCUAAGGUCUGAUGAUCUGAAUCAUCCUCGUGUACGUCCUAUUAAUUACCGGCUUCUUUUUAAUGUCCCACCCCGCUCAACUGCCACCGCCCUUGAUACUGCUGUUAUCGCCCCUGUUAGCACCGCCUCUCCUACCAUUCCUUGCACCUCAGUCAAGUCCCCCGAGAAGAUGGACCGGUUUCGGGACCUGGAGUCGAAGCUGGAGAUCACUACCCAGCAGCGGCUCUCAGAGGAAGUUAGUGGGCUUCAUGAAGUGAAGUCAGUGAUUCGAAAGGACUCUCGACCAGCUUAA